AAACAACUUUUAAACAGUAAAAAAAUAAAAAUUAUUCUUACAUUAUAAGUUCCUCGGUUAACGGCGGUGUUAAGAGUGUUUUAAAGUGUUAAUAUUUAUUGAAAGCUCCCCAAAGUCAUUGAAAGGAACUUAAUGUGAAUUGCUCGUUACCACCUAGGAUGGAAGAUGAUAUACUCGCUUAGCUUUUGUUUUUGGAGAAUACAUGCUGCUCCACUGAAAAUUUAAAUUUGAAAAAUUUAUAAACGAAAAAAAAACAAAUCCUCAUCAUGGGCACUCAAAAACCAGGCGAAUGGGCCAAUUCACUUUUGGCUCGUUUCGAAGAUCAGCUGCCCAACAAAACAAAUGGACCCCAUGGCACCCAGGCUCGCAUGAGCCAGGAUCAACUGGUGGGCUGUCUAAUACAUAUAUCACGUUAUCGUUUCUCCCUGGUCAUAUCGGGUUUGACUAAAAUGCUGCAACGUGUUAAUGAAGCAGCCAUGCAAAACCGUCAUGAGACCGAUCGUUGUUACUUUGAAUCUCUUAUUAUUAUACUAACUACCCUCGAAAGAUGCCUAACCAAUCAAACAAAAGAUACCGCCCGCUUCGAAGAAGCCAUGAAUGUUAAACUAUUGCUGCGAGAAAUCACCCAAUUUAUAGAUGUACAAAGUGACAGUAAUCCCAAUGCGGCCCAAUUGAAAAUUUUGGCCUCCAAAGUGUUGUUUGCCUUAUCGCAAAAUCAUUUCUCUGCGGUAUUCAAUCGUAUAUCGGCUCGCAUUCAGGAGUUGACCUCUUGCUCUGACGAAAAUCCUGAUUAUUCUGAUAUUGAAUUGAUACAGCACAUUGAUAUGGAUAUGAUUAAAUUGACCAAAUUGUUGCAGGAGGCCAUAACCAAGUUUCGUUCAAAAAAGGCACCACCUUUGAUCCUUUUAAAUUCUAUAGAGAAAGCCAUAUGGAAUUGGAUAGAAUAUCAUCCACAGGAAUUUCAGGAUUUACAAAGAGGCAUGAAUCGUGAUAUCUCGACUUGCUGGGAGCCGUUAUUGGAUUUUGUUGAGGCCUAUAAAGGAGAGAAUAAAAAGAGCAAAACAACUGUAUGGCCUUUGCAAAUGUUGCUUUUAAUAUUAAAUCCUGUAUGCUUGGAAGCAACCGUCAAUGAGCUGCAACAAGGUGAAAAGGAAAAAGAAAAGCUUGCCUCCAAGACACAAUCACGUGACAAGGAUUUUUCGGCCAAGCAGUUCAUUGAAAGUGUUAAGCGAGGCCUAGGUCCUCAUUCCCCCUCGAAAUUAGUUACCGAAUCUGCAGCCAUAGCCUGUGUAAAGUUAUGCAAAGCAGCCACCUAUGUCAAUAUCAACGAUUCCAACAAUGUCAUCUUCAAGCUGGUGCAAUACAUAAUCAAUGAUAUCAAAGCUUUGCUAUUUAAUCCGGUGAAGCCUUUUUCGCGUGGCCAGGGCUACAAUUUUGCUGACAUUGAAUUGAUGAUUGAUUGUUGGGUGUCAUGUUUUCGCAUUAAUCCACAUAAUAUAGAGGCUUUGAAAGUAUGUUUGAAUCUCAAUUCGCCACAGGCUUAUCAUUUUGUUAUAGUGUGUUCUCUAUUGAGAUUGGCUCACAUCUAUGUGGAUUUUCGUUUGCAAAGUAAAAAUCCUUUUCGUGUUGUCAACCAGCCCCGUCUUCCCUGGUGGCCCCAAACGGAUGUGGUGCAUUAUCGUUCUGCCGAGAUGAGAGCCUUAUUCACCGAUACUUUAAAUAAAGCCACACAAGGUUAUAUAGCCCAUACCCCAUUGAGAAUGAUUACCUCGCUAACCCUGAAAACAAAGGAUACGCAAAAGGGCCUGGCCAGGUCGGAAGAAGGGCCGGCACACAAAAUGUUAUUGUUAUUGUUAGUACGUUUAAUACAUGCUGAUCCCACCUUGUUAUUGAAUACCCAAGGCAAAGUAGCACUUGAAGUACAAAGUUCCACUCUGGAGCUCAUUAAUGGUCUGGUUAGUUUGGUCCACCAACCCUCCAUGCCAGAUGUGGCCCAAGAGGCCAUGGAAGCUCUUUUGGCUUUGCAUGCUCCCGAAAAGAUUGAAGUUUGGAAUCCCGAAGCUCCCAUUAAUACAUUUUGGGAUGUGAGCUCUCAAGUUUUAUUCUCCAUAUCACAAAAACUCAUACAACAUCAAAUAGCCAAUUAUACGGAUGUUUUAAAAUGGCUGCGUGAGAUACUUAUAUGCCGCAACACCUUUUUGCAGCGCCACAAAGAUUAUGCUCAUGUUGGCAGCCAAAUAGCCAUAUGUAAACAGGCUCAUAUCAAACUGGAAGUGGUAUUUUUCAUGUAUCUAUGGUCGGUGGAUUUGGAUGCUGUACUAACAUCACUCUCCUGUUUUGGUUUGUUGUGCGAAGAGGCUGAAAUAUGCUGUGGUUCGGAUGAGCUGACAGUGGCCAUGUUGGUGCCCAACUAUAUGAUCUAUCAGGAAUUGGCUCAACUAUCAUCAGCCGCCACCGAUUCACGCAUCUGUUUCUAUGAUAAUAGCCAUGGAAAUGUUUUGAACCGGCUACACUUGCAGAAACGUAUCAUGCAGCUCUUAAGGAAGAUUGAACACUGUGUGCAUGGUGUGCAGCCGGCAUGGGAAGAGACCUUUAGAAAUUGGGAAAUUAUGAGCAAAAUGUUACAAACCUAUCCCAAGUGUAAAACUGAGGAUGGCCAGGCCGAACUGUUUCAUCGAGGUGUGGGAAAACGACGAGCCAGUCAUCAAAGUUCUGAACAUGAUAUAGAGGAACAAAUAACCGAAUGGGCCAAUAUGACAUGGUUUCUAUUGGCCUUGGGCGGUGUUUGUUUGAUAAAGCGACGACAGCAAGUGGUGGCGGCACAGGCCUCACUGCAGGCCUUGGCCAAUCAGGCGCCAUUUCAUCAAUAUUCACAAAGCUUGGGUUCAUUUCAGCAGCCAUUGCCUUCAUUGGCUCAAAACUCUUUACAUUCCCUAUCGAGUUCUUCAAGUUCUGGCAGGGGUUCACUCAACCCCAACUCUAUAUCAUUGGCAGCAGUGCCUCAAGGGCCACAGCAGGAAGUGCAAUAUUGUCCAGUGACACAAUUCAUAGGCCAGUUAUUGCGUUUAUUAGUUUGCAGCAAUGAAAAAAUCGGCUUGAAUAUACAAAAAAAUGUCAAAGAACUGGUGGGUGAAGAAAUGUCCACCUAUCUCUAUCCCAUUUUAUUCGAUCAGAUACGCGCCAUUGUGGAGACCUUCUUCGAUCAACAUGGUCAAGUUAGUGUCACUGACAUUAACACUCAGUUCAUUGAACACAUUAUCUAUAUAAUGAAAUCGAUUUUGGAUCCCAAACCCAAUAAAGAUCCCAAUAAUGAGCAGCCUUCAACUUCUGAGAAUCUGGGUGUAACCAGCAUUGAAGGCAUGAUGUUGGGUAUAGUGCGUUAUGUACGUCACCUGGAUAUGACCGUGUAUGCCAUACGUAUUAAAACAAAAUUGUGCCAAUUGGUUGAAGUUAUGAUGAAACGUCGAGAUGAUUUGGCCUUUAGACAAGAAAUGAAAUUUCGCAAUAAAUUGGUGGAAUAUUUGUCAGAUUGGGUAAUGGGUACCUCACAUCAGAUAGCUCCACCCAGCUCCACAGAUCCUUCGAUGAUAACCAACACUUCUUUGAUUUUCCGUGAUCUGGAUCAAGCUUGCAUGGAAGCUGUGGCUGCUUUGCUGAGAGGACUACCCUUGCAACCUGAGGAAUCUGAUCGUGGCGACUUGAUGGAUGCCAAAAGUGCUUUGUUUCUCAAAUACUUUACCUUGUUUAUGAAUCUCCUAAACGAUUGCAUUGAUAGCUCUGAAGCUGAAAAGGAACUCAACAAUCCCCCUUUGUUGCCACCUCGCCCCCGUUUAGCUGCUGGCAAGCUAACGGCUUUACGCAAUGCCACCAUACAAGCCAUGUCAAAUCUUUUGGGUGCCAAUAUUGACUCAGGACUUAUGCACUCCAUUGAUUUGGGCUACAAUCCUGAUUUGCAAACGAGGGCUGCCUUUAUGGAAGUACUAACACAAAUUCUGCAACAAGGCACUGAGUUUGAUACUUUGGCUGAGACUGUAUUGGCUGAUCGUUUUGAACAGCUUGUGCAAUUGGUUACCAUGAUCAGCGAUAAAGGAGAAUUGCCUAUAGCCAUGGCUUUGGCAAAUGUAACAAAUGGCUCACAAAUGGAUGAAUUGGCUAGGGUGCUGGUCACUCUAUUCGAUGCCAAGCAUUUACUAUCACCUUUAUUGUGGAAUAUGUUCUAUAGAGAAGUGGAGGUUUCGGAUUGCAUGCAGACCCUAUUCCGUGGCAAUUCCCUGGGCAGUAAGAUAAUGGCAUUUUGCUUCAAAAUUUAUGGUUCUGCCUAUUUGCAAUUGUUGUUGGAGCCCUUAAUACGACCAUUAUUGGAUAAUCCCAAUACCUGUUUUGAAGUGGAUCCUGCCAGGCUUGAUCCAGGAGAUGACUUGGACGUUAAUCGUCGCAAUCUAAUAGCUUUGACAAAAAAAGUCUUUGAUGCCAUAACAAAUUCAGCAGAUCGUUUUCCUCCUCAACUGAGAUCAAUGUGUCAUUGUCUUUAUCAGGUUUUGAGUAAACGAUUUCCAAAUUUAUUGCAAAAUAAUAUAGGGGCAGUGGGUACGGUUAUAUUUUUGCGUUUCAUAAAUCCUGCCAUAGUUUCUCCCCAAGAAUUGGGCAUAGUGGGCAAACAAGUGCCCAGCUCUGUGAAACGUGGCCUUAUGUUAAUGUCAAAAAUUCUGCAAAACAUAGCCAAUCAUGUGGAGUUUUCCAAAGAGCAGCACAUGUUGUGUUUCAAUGAUUUUCUGCGUGAUCACUUUGAGAGCGGUCGUAGAUUUUUCAUACAAAUAGCCUCCGAUUGUGAGACAGUGGAUCAAACAUCGCAUAGCAUGAGUUUUAUAUCGGAUGCCAAUGUUUUGGCUUUGCAUCGUCUGCUGUGGACACAUCAAGAGAAAAUUGGGGAUUAUUUAUCCAGCAGUCGGGAUCAUAAGGCAGUGGGAAGAAGGCCAUUUGAUAAGAUGGCAACAUUAUUGGCAUAUUUAGGGCCGCCAGAACACAAGCCAGUGGAUUCACACAUGAUGUUUUCCUCCUAUCCACGUUGGAGCUCCAUUGAUAUGUCUUCUACCAAUUUCGAAGAGAUUAUGGUCAAACAUCAAAUGCAUGAAAAGGAAGAGUUUAAAGCCUUAAAAGCCAUGAAUAUUUUCUAUCAGGCUGGCAGCAGUAAAUCUGGAUAUCCGGUGUUCUAUUACAUUGCGCGCAGAUACAAAAUUGGUGAAACUAAUGGCGAUCUUUUGAUUUAUCAUGUCAUACUUACCUUGAAACCUUUCUGCCACUCCACUUUUGAGGUGGUCAUCGAUUUUACCCAUGUUAACUCCGAUAAUCGCUUCCGCACAGAAUUUCUUCAGAAAUGGUUCUAUGUCCUGCCUGCUGUGGCCUAUGAAAAUGUGCAUGCCGUUUAUAUUUACAAUUGUAAUUCCUGGGUAAGGGAAUAUACGAAAUUUCAUGACCGCAUAUUGGCUCCCUUAAAGGGUAAUCGCAAACUAAUGUUUUUGGAUUCACCAAACAAAUUGAAUGACUACAUCGAAGCAGAUCAACAGAAGUUACCCGGUGCCACUCUAUCCCUAGAUGAAGAUCUCAAAGUGUUUACCAAUGCUCUGAAACUAAGUCACAAAGAUACCAAAGUUGCCAUUAAAGUGGGUCCCACAGCUUUGCAAAUAACUUCGGCCGAGAAGACCAAAGUUUUGGCCCAUUCCGUCUUACUCAACGAUGUCUACUAUGCCUCUGAGAUUGAGGAGGUGUGUCUGGUCGAUGAUAAUCAAUUCACUUUGUCCAUAGCCAACGAAAGUGGCCAAUUAAGUUUCAUACACAACGACUGCGAUAAUAUUGUGCAAGCCAUCAUACACAUACGUAAUCGCUGGGAGCUAAGUCAACCAGAUUCGGUGACUGUGCAUCAGAAAAUCAGGCCCAAAGAUGUUCCUGGAACUUUGUUAAAUAUGGCCUUACUCAAUUUAGGCUCAGCGGAUCCCAAUUUGCGUACCGCAGCUUACAAUUUGCUAUGUGCUUUGACAGCCACCUUCGAUUUGAAAAUUGAAGGUCAGUUGUUAGAGACCCAGGGCUUGUGUAUACCCUCCAACAAUACCAUAUUCAUUAAAUCAGUCAGCGAAAAAUUGGCCACCAAUGAACCUCAUUUGACUUUGGAAUUCCUAGAGGAGUGCAUACAGGGCUUUCAACGCAGUACUAUAGAGCUAAAGCAUUUAUGCUUGGAAUACAUGACGCCCUGGUUAAAGAAUUUGGUGAAAUUUUGCAAAUCCAAUGAUGAUGCCAAGAAACUGAAGGUGUCGCAGAUUUUGGAUAAGCUGAUAUGUCUGACCAUCGAACAAAAAGAAAUGUAUCCCUCAGUGCAAGCCAAAAUAUGGGGUUCUGUGGGUCAAAUACCCGAGCUCAUAGACAUGGUUUUGGAUAAUUUCUUGCACAAGUCCAUAAUCUAUGGUUUGGGGUCACCCCAAGUGGAAAUUAUGGCUGACACCGCUGUAGCAUUGGCCUCGGCCAAUGUGCAAUUGGUCUCGAAAAAGGUUAUUACCCGCAUGUGUCGUGUCAUGGACAAGACCUGUACCAACCCCACCCCGUACCUGGAGCAACAUGUCAUGUGGGAUGACAUUGCCAUCUUGGGACGCUACUUACUCAUGUUGUCCUUCAACAAUUGUCUAGAUGUGGCCAACCAUUUGCCCUAUCUUUUCCACACCAUCACCUUCCUCGUUUGUUCCGGAUCGCUGUCGAUGAGGGCUUCCACUCAUGGUUUAGUUAUAAAUAUCAUACAUUCGCUAUGUACCUGCACCAAGCCGAUAUUUUCCGAAGAGGCUCAGCGAGUUUUGCGCCUAUCGCUGGACGAAUUCUCCUUGCCCAAGUUCUAUUUGCUAUUUGGCAUUAGCAAGGUAAAAUCGGCUGCUGUAACAGCAUUCCGUUCGAGUUGUCGCCAUCCCCCCGACAAGUGGCUGGGAAAUGAACGCGUCUCACAACCCUUGCCGCCGGAUAGAGAACGUCUAUCAUUGCCGUCCCUAGAAGUUAUUACCGAUGCUUUGCUAGAAAUAAUGGAGUCUUGCAUGCGUGAUGUUCCCGAUUGUCAAUGGUUGCAAACCUGGAAUUCAUUGGCGCGUAGUUUUGCCUUUUGCUAUAAUCCAGCACUGCAGCCCAGAGCGCUAAUAGUUUUUGGUUGCAUAAGUAAAAGUGUUACCGACCAAGAGGUUAAGCAGUUGCUAAGGAUUCUGGUAAAAGCGGUGGAGUCGUUCAACGACAUAACACUAAUAGAGGCUAUUGUAAUGUGUCUGACCAGAAUACAGCCGCUGCUGAGGCCGGAAUCUCCUAUACAUCGAAAUCUCUUUUGGGUGGCCAUAUCUGUGCUGCAAUUGGAUGAGGGUAAUCUAUAUGGAGCCGGUUUGGCUUUAUUGGAACAGAAUUUGCAUACCCUUAAGUCGCAGGGAUGUUUUGACAAUGCCAACAUUGCCGAGGUCAUGAUGUGUACGCGAGAAAAACUGGAAUGGCAUUUCAAACAGUUGGAUCAUGCAGUGGGUCUAUCGUUCCGCAGCAAUUUCCAUUUUGCUUUGGCCGGACAUUUGAUAAAGGGUUUUCGACAUCCCACACCCACCACAGUAUCGAGAACCUCCCGCAUUCUCACCAUGUUGCUGGGUAUUAUAGCCAAACCUUUGAGGCGAGAUAAAUUCGAGGUAACCCCAGAUAGUGUGGCUUAUCUAACUGCUUUGGUUGCGGUAUCCGAAGAAGUGAGAUCCAGAUGUCAUGUCAAACAUGCCCUACCUCGUUGGCCUGCCGAAUUUCCCGCAGAGAAUGGUGGUGGUGGUGGUGAAGCUGCUGCCACUAAUGGUGGAACUCAAAAUCAAUUUGGCAUGGCCUUAUCAAGACGUCAAAAAUCAUGGGACAUAUUGGAUCAAUCGGCUUUGAACUAUGCCCGCCAUCAUAAAGUACCUGCUCCUCCGAAUGCGAGAGUUUUAUUCAAAACUCAACGCUCCUUUUCGGUACCAACCACCAAAGAUCCAAAUAAUGCGAGUGGAAUCGAAGAUCGUCAGGAACGUGGCUCACGCACCUCGGUCUCAAAUGAAUCGAAUGUUUUGCUGGAUCCAGAAGUAUUGCCCGAUCUAUCCAUACAAGCCUUGGUACUUACCGUAUUGGCAACAUUGGUCAAAUAUACCUCCGAUGAGAAUGAGACUCGAGUACUCUACCAAUAUCUGGCGGAGGGUUCGGUGGUGUUUCCAAAAGUCUUUCCUGUCAUCCACUCCUUAUUGGACCAAAAAAUCAACAACAUUCUCUCGGUGUCUCAUGAUCAGGUGGUCUUGAAUUCAGUACAAAAUAUCAUACAGAAUAUGUUGGCCAGCGAGGAUCCUUCACAGCAGCAACUACAUUUUCUACAAAGUUGUGGUUUUGGUGGUUUAUGGCGUUUUGCCGGACCCUUUACCAAAUACAAUGUAAUGGGUGAAUCCUCGGAAUUGUUUGUCAAUUGCCUGGAGGCCAUGGUGGAGACUUGCCUGCCAGGCGAUGAACAACAAACACCCAUAGUUCCUUUAGUAAGGCCCUACAAUCUCAGUUCCAGCCUCAGCAGUCUAACGCUGGGCUCACCAACGGAUAAAGCUGCAUGAAUAACAACCAACCAGCCACGCACUAGACGUACAAUGUUCAGAAAUUUUCUACGUUUUCUCAAUUUGUUUAAAAAAUGUUUUUAAAUUUUGAAAAGUUUCAACUUGAACUAGAGGGCAUACAACGAAACGCAAAACCCUUUACAACUACCCUUUACUAAAUAGUGAUUGGCGAUCUAAAAACCUAACUUUUCAAAAACCAAAAAUCCUCUUAUCCUAAUCAAUCUUAAGCACGUCAAAAUGCGUUGGUAUAAAUGAACUCAAAAUUCCCAAAAUUUUGGUUCAUUUAUUAGACAAACCUGCAACGGCAACAACAACCAAAGAACAAUACAAUAAAUAAAUAAUGGCACACAUUUUAAUUUCCUCCCCUACCCCCCAAUCCAUCUCCAUUUCGACCCCCACAACUUGGAAUCUCAAAAUUUAUAUACUAACUGUGCCAAUCGAUUCAAGGAAUUUAUGUAAUGUAUGUAUGUAUGUAUUUUUAAAAGAUACUAUGACAAAUACUGUUAUUUAUUGCUGUUAUAAUAUAUAAUUGUAAUUUAGGUAAAUUAAAUGUACUAUGAUGACUUAUUUUUUUAAAAUUUAUUUAUAUUUUGCAUACUUUUAUGUUAAUUGUUUUUUUUCUCUCUUGUAUAAAAGCUAUGAUUUUUUUAAAAUAUUUUUAUGUAUUAAAUAUUGGGAAGUUUGGCUAAAUUGGUUUGAAAUAAUGCAGAAAAUGUUAAGAAAAUAAUGAAAAAAUCUUAACUGCCUAACAAACUAUGUCGGCCUAUUUUAAAUUUCUGAACUCGCUACCCUACUCCCAAAGACCUUUUAUUUGAGUAACAUAUUGUCUUGAUCGACACACCUACCCAUAUUGUCUCGAUCGACACACCUACCCAUAUUGUCACGAUCGACACACCUACACAUAUUGUCUCGAUCGACACUCCUACCCAUAUUGUCUCGAUCGACACACCUACCCAUAUUGUCUCGAUCGACACACCUACCCAUAUUGUCACGAUCGACACACCUACCCAUAUUGUCACGAUCGACACACCUACCCAUACAGUCUCGAUCGACACACCUACCUAUAUUGUCUCGAUUGUGACACACCUAUCCGUUUGGGGAAUUGGGUAGCCCCCACAUACACUUGAAG